GAGGCGCUUGUCUCAGCCAUGGUCUCCAGUCUCCACGCCCAUAUAAGACGUUUACCUCAAAUUUCCGCAUUUUGAGAUACAGCAAAGUUUUCUUUGCUCUGUUGCAGUUGCACUUGUUAACAUCAGAUAAUAUAAUGUCAAGAAUUCUUCUUAGAGCAAACCUAAGGAGAUGCGUCGCCUCACAGAUUAGAAUGGCAUCUGAUCAGCUUGGCGAGCUGGGAAAGGGAGCAGGCAAAGGUGGAGGUGGAGGAGGUUCUGUGAGGGAGGCAGGGGGUGCAUUUGGAAAGCGAGGAGCAGCAGAGGAGGAGCGGUACUUCAGGCAGAAGGAGAAGGAGCAGAUGGAGGCGCUGAGGAAGCAUCACGCAGAGGAGAUUGAGCACCACAAGAAAGAGAUUGAGCGCCUACAGAAGGAGAUUGACCGCCACAAGGGCAAAAUCAGAAAGCUGACGCACGAUGACUGAAGAUGGGAAGACUGUUAUCAUUUCUCCUUCUGGCCAUCUGAUUGCCAUGUCAAUCAUUAUCCGAUAUUCAUUGAUUUAUUGCUGGUCAAGGCUGACAUCAUGAAUACCAAUAAAUAAAUUACAUUUUUCACAUUUCAUGUAA